GGCACUGCAGUAGCUGAAAUGCGAAAAAGGCAGCAGCCACAGAAUGAAGCAACACCUGCUGUGUCUCAAGCACCCGGAAACCAGAGGCCCAACAACACGUGUUGCUUUUGUUGGUGCUGUUGCUGCAGCUGCUCCUGCCUCACUGUUAGGAAUGAAGAAAGAGGGGAAAAUGCAGGAAGACCCACACAUACCACAAAAAUGGAGAGUAUCCAGGUCCUAGAGGAAUGCCAAAACCCCACUUCAGAUGAAGUCUUGUCCUGGUCUCAAAAUUUUGACAAGAUGAUGAAGGCCCCGGCGGGGAGAAACCUCUUCAGAGAGUUCCUCCGAACAGAAUACAGUGAAGAGAACCUACUUUUCUGGCUUGCCUGUGAAGACUUAAAGAAAGAGCAGAAUAAAAAAGUAAUUGAAGAAAAGGCCAGAAGUAUAUACGAAGAUUACAUUUCUAUACUCUCACCAAAAGAGGUCAGUCUCGAUUCUCGAGUUAGAGAGGUGAUCAAUAGAAAUCUGUUGGAUCCUAAUCCUCACAUGUACGAAGAUGCCCAACUUCAGAUAUAUACCUUAAUGCACAGAGAUUCUUUCCCAAGGUUUUUGAACUCUCAGAUUUAUAAGUCAUUUGUUGAAAGUACUGCCAGCUCUACUUCUGAAUCUUAA